AUGGAGCAGCAUUUUAGUGAGGCGCCAACUGACUCUCCCUUUUGUUAACAAGCAAACUAUUAGAAUAUGCUUAUAUUUGGUAAGAUUAACCUUUUAAUUAUUAAGACAAAAAUAUUUUUAUAGCACAGAGUAUAUUUUAAUAUAUAUAAUUAAUGAUUAUAAUAAUGAGCUCUCAAUCAAGUUAUAUUAUUAGGUUCUAAAAAUAAGAAAAUUAAUCCCACUUGCAAGCCAGCAAUUUUUUAUUCGCUAGCUAAGGGGAAGAGUGAGAACUCCGUCCCAAUUGUCAUGUAUGAAAAUGUUUCUGAUGAUUUUACAAUAAAUCGCCAAUAUUUUCUAAAGAAAGCUUCCACAAAUCCUUUUAACACUGAUUUAAUGUUUGAAUUAAGCGGAAAAAGUUUCCUAGAAGUCCCAAUAUCACGCUUAAAAGAAAUCAUUAGCGAAAAUAUUCAACUGAAAUCUGCAAUGGCUGCAUCAAAAAACGAAUCAGGCUUGAAUUUUUUAGCACUUCUAGACAAAGAAGACCGUAGUUUAUGGAUGGAUAAAUACGAAGCUCAUUCAUUUUUAGAACUAAUAACAGAAGAAUAUAUCAAUAGAGACUCAUUAUCAUGGCUAAAAUCUUGAGAUAAAGCUGUAUUUAAAGAAAAAAGAACCCCAGUGAAAAGAGGGCCUUUCAUGAAACCAAAAAUUGAAAGCAAUGAAAAAACAAAACCAAUGCUAUUAAUUGGGGGACCUCCUGGAUGUGGGAAAAGUACCUUAGCAAGAGUUAUUACACGUCAAUGCAAUUAUCAGCCCUACGAAGUGAACUGUGCUUUAAUAGGUGUCGGAAAAGAUCUCGUUCAAAGGGUAAGAAACGUUCUCAACAUAAAAACAGUCACUGAGAAGCCUUUACUCCUAAUCCUCGACCAAGUAGAAACCUUGGACAAGCAAACAGUCCAAGAAUUAAACGCAAUCAUUUCAGUAAAUACCAAAAGACCUAUCAUAGCUAUCACCAAUGACAUUUAUGCGCCUUCUUUAAAGCUAUUAAGGCCCACAUGUAAAAUUGUGAACUGUAAAUCUUUAUUCCAUAAAGAAGUAUUUGAAAGACUUAAAGAAAUCUGCAGAGAAGAAGUAUUUUAUAUAUAGAGAGUUCAUUUAGAAAGCCAGUACUUAAAUACUUUAAUACAAGAUAAUAAUGCUGAUAUCAGGACCUGUUUAAAUACUUUACAAUUGCUAGGGUCUCAGAGAGAAGGAAGCCAAUUUAACGUGUAUUCUAGUGACUCAGAUAGCUUCAGGUCAAAGUUUGUCAAUAGGUCUAUUUUUGAUAUAUGAAAAAUCAUUUUCACUCAGAAAAAUACUAAUGGAUUAAGGAAAAUUGUGAACAGUUUUGGGGAUUUUGAAUUAAUUAAUAGUGGGAUUUUUGAAAACUAUACAGGCUCAAAGUAUACAGAUUAUAGUAUGGACAAAUCUGCAGAAUUAAUGGUAUAAUACAUAUAGGACUCUUUAGUAUUAGCAGAUGUAAUUUCUCAAAGAAUCUCUCAAAAACAAGAAUUUGAGCUUAUGCCAUUUCAAUGUGUAAGGUCUAUACAGAUGCCAAGUCUUACUGCAAAUAAAAUCUGCACAUCUAUGUCCCCAGAAAUUCAUUUUCCUCUAUAUUUUAAACAAAUAAACAAAGCUAUAACAGAAACAACAGACGCAAUUAGAUAUAAAUCUUUUUAUUAAAUAGUGCGAUAAGAAGCACGUUUUGAGCGGACCAAUACGUUUCUGGCCAGAGAAAUUUCAGUUUUUACUUUUUCAGAGGGAAAACAGAAAUAUAAAUGAUAGGAUGAUUGCUGCUGCUAAGAUAAAAUUGCUAAAGCAUGUUGACGCUAAAUACGUUUAAGAAGCAUUAAGAAUAGCUUAUUAGUGCUAAAGAAAAUUCAGGCAGAAAAUAUCCAAUGUGCUAAAAAAGGGCAUAAAGGCUGCCCUUGUCAUAGGAUCCCACUGCCUGCAAUAAAAACACCAGAUUUUAAAAAUUCCUGGGAAGUGGUAGAACUUGAAUUUCUCACAGACAUUUUUUAUUCAAAAUUUUUUGGCUCGUCAAAAUCGAUUUGGCGAGCCGAUUCUGGCCGGUAAGCAAAAUAAAAAAAUAAAAAAGAUACAUGAUAAUGGACAAUUCUAACAUCAUUUUAAUUUAUAAUAAUCUUAUCAUAAAUGGAAAGUGAUGACAUCAUUUAUGUUUUCAAUCGGCACUGAUCACUCCUGACUACCAACACGACUACAGCAUUCAUCACAUGCAAAUUUUUCCUUUAAACUUAUCUUUACCCGCUUACGACACCUAUCAUCAAAUUUAAGAGCUAGAAUCGCAGGAGAACUUAAAUCAACGAUCUAUGCGAGUAUUUCAAACAGCGUUUAAGAAAUUCAAGCAAAUAAUUCCUUCAGAUUCAAUAGAUUAUGCAAGAAUUGUACAACUAGAGUCGUUUUUGUUUCCUAAGAAGAGAGAAUCUUUCAGCAGCACCUAUUUGCAAAAUUUUCAUAAUGAAUUUUCCAAGCCAAAAAAACAAGAAAAGAUAAUGGAAAAUUUGUGAUUUUUCAGAAAAUGUAAAUGUCCUAAUUACUGUGAAAGCUCAUGCGAGUUUGGUAACGGUAAAAGCGACUGAUAAGCUUUUUUUUGUGUCAAAAGAUUAUUCAUCUGCAUUUCUGGCGCUUUAGCUGCUAAUAGCAAUUUCUCCUAUCGGCUUUAUUGAUUUCUUUUGAUCUCUAUUUCUAUGAAUUAUGCAAAAGCGGUCGACCCCUUGCAUACUAAUUAAUUUUGCUUAUGGAGAUUGUUUUAAAGUCUAGAAUAUCUCUCUGCAGUUGAACUUAUAACAAAAGAUCUUGAAUUCUAUGUUUUCUGAUUUUUAGAUGCUAAUGCCUCUUCAACUAUUUUGACAAUUUCGACAAGGUUGUCCAAUCUUUAAUUAUAAGUUCAAUCUUGGAGAGAUAUUCUAGAGCUUAAGCCAUCUCCAUAAGUCAAAAUAAUUUGCAUGCAAGGGGUCGACCGCUUUUGCAUAUGUUCACCAAUAAAUGAAUUAAAAAAAAGGAUUGUCAUUAGACACUAAAGUGCAUAAAACUUUUGCUUGCCUUUGGAAGAAUGAAAAACAAAGUUAUUAUUGGAAUUUGCUUUGUUUUUAUUGGAGAUAAUAAAAAUUACAUAUGCUCUUGCAACUCUGAUUUCGCUGAAUUUAGAAAUAUGACAAUGAGACCUCUUGAAGACAAGCAGAAUUGUUGAAUAAUUAUUAACGGGUUCAAUAAAAUUUAUAAGCAUUACAUUCAUGAUUGAUACAACAAAUACUUUCCUCCAUGGUUCUUAGAAUAUUGUGUGCUAUUUAAAGAAGGAGUGAGCUCAGCUGAAAAGUCUCCUGGGUCAGAUUCAUCAGGCAAAACCAAAAAAAUGAAAAAAAAUUCAGAUACCAAACCAGUUUUUUAAAAGAAUGAUUGGAAAAAAAUGAUCUAAAGAUUCUUACACUCAAAGAAAGACCCUUGCAGGCUAAAGGUGAAUCAUCAUGCAAAAGAUGUGGAUCAUAAACGAUGUUGAGGUCAAUUGGAGAAAUUGAAAUUGGUAUUGUUGAUGAAGCUUGCCAGUGCACAGCUUUAUCAAGUUUAAUGCCCUUUAUUUUCAACCCAAAAAAAUUAUUCUUGUAGGUGAUCAAAAUUAACUCCCGCAACUGAAGUGCUAUCAAAUUAGAUUUGGCUCACUAGCAUACACUUACUUCUCAAAAAUAUCUCACUGAGAUUGUACAUAUAAAAAAAAUUAUUGAAGUUCUAUGCUGCAGAUGUUUUAGCUGCUAAAGACACUUAAAUACUAAUUAUUUAUGACUUCUGUGCCAAUUAAUUUUUUUUGAGUAAAGACCUAAUGAUCCAUUUGAAAUUAAGUUUAAAGGAAAAAUUUGCAUGUGAUGAAUGCUGUAGUCGUGUUGGUAGUCAGGAGUGAUCAGCGCCGAUUGAAAACAUAAAUGAUGUCAUCACUUUCCAUUUAUGAUAAGAUUAUUAUAAAUUAAAAUGAUGUUAGAAUUGUCCAUUAUCAUGUAUCUUUUUUAUUUUUUUAUUUUGCUUACCGGCCAGAAUCGGCUCGCCAAAUCGAUUUUGACGAGCCAAAAAAUUUGAAAUAAAAAAUGUCUGUGAGAAAUUCAAGUUCUACCACUUCCCAGGAAUUUUUAAAAUCUGGUGUUUUUAUUGCAGGCAGUGGGAUCCUAUGACACAAGGGCAGCCUUUAUGCCCUUUUUAGCACAUUGGAUAUUUUCUGCCUGAAUUUUCUUUAGCACUAAUAAGCUAUUCUUAAUGCUUCUUAAACGUAUUUAGCAUCAACAUGCUUUAGCAAUUUUAUCUUAGCAGCAGCAAUCAUCCUAUCAUUUAUAUUUCUGUUUUCCCUCUGAAAAAGUAAAAACUGAAAUUUCUCUGGCCAGAAACGUAUUGGUCCGCUCAAAACGUGCUUCUUAUCGCACUAUUUAAUAAAAAGAUGUAUAUCUAGAAAACAAUCAGCCUCGAAAACCAGAAAAGCUACCAAGUUCAGUUGCAUGUGAAGACAUUUAUUCUUUUAUCACCAAAAUAUUCCAAAGCUCUAGUGGUAAUGAUGAUUUUGACUAUGAAAUUCUAAAACUUUUGCAAGACCUUUUUAGGGAAUUUGGGUUUGAAGUUAUUAAUGGAAACGUAGAGCCUUCUGUACAGAGAAUUGUAAGGAUCCCAAAAGAUUUUUAUAUUAGUAGAACACUGGUGAAUAAUUUUAAUAGAACGGCACAGGUGACGAAAACUGUAAUAUCGCAGGUGAAAGAAAUGACUUAUCAGGAUUUCGAAAAUAGAAAGAGAAAAAGGGAAAGUCUUGGAGGGCAAAGUUUGGCGUUUAUUUACCAUGAUGGGCUGACAAAUGCGGUGAAAAAGAAGGUAAGGAUAAGCGACUUGAUGAAAAAAUAA